GUGACUUGUAGAUAAUUACGUUGCAAACUCUCUUCGGACAACGCUUUCGAAUAUUUAGGUAGUCGUAAUCAAAGAUUAUUACUUAUUCUAUUCUAGUACUUGGAUGGAUAUGCAUUUUUACCAUGUUAAACGAUGGGAAUGAACGGCAUUGUGCAGUGUUACGUAAUUGUUUUAAUAUUUUAAAGACGUGUCCGUUCAAACUCGUUAUUAAAUCGCCUCCAGUAAUAUUUAUGAGCAAGAUAUUUUACGUACUCUAGAUAUAGUGAGAUACCGUAUUUGUCUGUUCUGCGGCUGUGAUUUGUUUGAUUAAGUUCGCAGACGAAAACAAACAUCAAUUGUCCCCGUUCAAUGCACUGCAUUUGGACAGCUAAUUGUAUUUACAGUAUAGAUGAAAUAAAAUAAUAAUUGGCCAGGGGGUCCAAGGGGUGAGGUGAAAUUGUUUUCAAUGUCUCUCUAAUCUAAAGACUCACACUUUACCACUGCAUUUCACUAUUAUUAUAGUGAAGCAAUAAAAAUUAUGUCUAAAAUUGAUAUGGUUGAUUCAGAAUUAAUAACAAGACUGAAUGAAAUUGAUUAUCCAAAUUCUUUAAAAGCAUGGAGUGAUUUAAACUAUGUGGAAUCAAUUUCUUGUUCUUCUUUAAAUUUAAACUAUAAUGUGAAUACUUAUAAGGAAAACAAUCCAGUACAAAUUAAUGAACUACAUCUUCCACUUGAAAUAAUGGAAAGAAUAGUUUAUUAUUUUGACGGAAUAACUUUGCUCAAAUUCAAAUUAUUAUCAGAGACGUGUAAUACUAUUGUUCAGAAUGUACUUCGUUACCAUAAACUGUGGAAAAAAAUUUGUUUAAAAGAAAUAACUAAAAAAUAUUUUAUUGAACUAAUAAAUAAAAAACUCCAUGCACUUGUUUCAUUAGAUUCACUUUCAGAAAUUGAAUAUGGACAGUUAUACAAAAAUUGGCUUCAAUGGCAGUGUUCUAGUUUCAAAACCACACUCAUAGGGGAGUAUCAUUUUAUAGGUCAGGAUGCUAUAAAUAAAAUAAUUUGUUAUAAAUAUGAUGUUAUAGUUGUUUUUAAAAAUUGUACAUAUUUAGUAUCACUUUUAAAAAAUGAGAAAAAGACUAACGCCUAUGUUAUUAAAGUUAAUUCACUAUCAGAACUUCAAAACAUUUUCACUUUAGUGAUGUUAAAUCCUCAACACCAAAUUUAUGAUGAAAGUGAAGAUUUCAACCGAUUUGUUACAUGUCAUCAAAAAGGUAAAAAUGUCUGUCCGUUACAUGGCACAACUGAUGAAGUGUAUCAUGGAAACACUACUUCACAUUACACUGGCAAUCUUAUUGAUAUGGAUGCUAACAUUUAUAUAAAUACGUGUUGUUGGGUACGAGAAACAUGGUAUGAAUGGUAUUCCAACAAUACUAAUUUUGUCACUGGACAUAAAUGUAAAAAUUUAAGCUGCACCAUGUUUAUUUCAGUAGUACAUGGGGUGAUUAUCGGUCGUUUAAAUAAUUCUGUUGUAAUUCAUGGCAUUUACAAUAAAUUAUGUACUAAAGUUGAUUCAUGGUUGAUUCCUAAAUAUACCAAAGCCACUGCAAUUUAUAUAUAUACUAAUAUUUUGUUUAUAGGAACACAAAAUAGUUAUUUGUUGGCUUAUCGAAUACAAUGUUGGGACGAUUUAAUUAAUCUCAAAAAAAGAAACAAUUUAUUAGAAAAAAAAUUAGCCAUUGGACAAAUAAUAAAAUUUGAUAUUAUGGAUUUUGAAAACAUAAGAGUAAUAGUAGUUGCUUCAAAAUCAAGUGUACUUUGGAUUAAAAUUAAUUAGAAUCAGUCAUUUAUAUUUUUAUUAAAAUUUUUUUUUCCCUUAUUUUAAUAUUUUAAUUUCAUAGCUA